AUGGAAGGAACCGCGCGGUCCGGUUCGGAUUUUGAUAUAGUUUCGUUCGUUAGAGGCGUGCGGGCGGAGUGGGAGAGCGGUAAUGUGGCGCGCCAGUUGCGGGAGAAUCUUUCCCGCCACGUGGACGGCCUUCAGCGCCGCCUCCCGCAAUUCCCGCUGCCGAUCAUUGCGCGCCAAGCGCGCGCUGAUCCGGCGGCUUCCGCAAAAGGUGCGGAACGCCCGCCAGGACUCAAGGAUGUGGGGUUGCGCGCGACGGGCGGCGCGCGUUCAGGCGGGGCGCAAGGUGGAGGAGCGGAGGGAAAUGACUCGCGGGGGGACGAGGACGGCGCGGAAACACGGAGAAACAGCGCGGGUGCGCCUACCGGCGCAGUUGCGCAGGCGGGGCAAGCGCAGAGCAGCAAGGCGCGGGGGGGGAGCGGGCGGAAGUGGGGGCGCGAGACGGUGAAGCAGCGCAUGGAGCGGUGGCGCCGCGAGCGGGAGAUGAUGAUGAUGCGCGCGGCGGAGGAGGAGAGGCGGAGGGAGGCGGAGGCGGAGGCGGAAGGGGAAGGGGAGGGGGCGCGCGAGACAGUGGAGGUGGAGGAGCUGUAUGUGGCGCGCAGCAGACACUACACGCCAAACGUGCUCACCUUCGGCUAUUCAUUCAAGGAGUGGACGGAGUAUUGGGCGCUGCUCUCUACAGGCGAGCUUUACCUGGGCCUGCCCCACGGGGACCCGCGCCACUUCGACUUCCACCACGACCGCCGCACCAACCCGCACCGCUAUGUACCGCUCUCGCACUCCCACGGCGCGGCGCACGAGUUUGAGUACGGCGGGUGCCAGGUGGCACUCGCGCCAGGUCAGCAGGAGGUGCGGGUGGGCGGCGGAGACGUGGUGUUCAAGAGGGUCCAGCCGUGCGAGGCAGAGGAGGGGUGUCGGCUGGAGGGGAGGUUUGUUCACGCGGCGGCUAGGGAUUUUGUCGAUGCAGCAGAGGCUUCGGGGGUGCAUGGUGGGACGACUCUGCGGUAUGAAGGGGGGCGUGUGGAGGAUGCGUUCUUCUUUGAGUAUCCAGGGUCGGGGGGCAGUGAGGUGAACAUCAAUGGCACCACGUAUCAGAGAGUGGUGGAGCAGGGUGGAGAGGAGUGA